UGUGACGUCAGGCCAGCAGGCGGCGCUGCAGAGUGACGUCACAGGAGCAGCGACACAGCAGCAGCAGAAGCAGCGUGAGGAAAGUGUUGGUAGAGUCCGCUCUAAUAAUAAUGUGCGCGGCAUAACUAGACGGAUUGCAGCUCGUCGCCGAAUAUAUCGCGUUUCUGCCGUGGCGUUUGGACCUCCGAGGUGAAAUUAAAGGCGGAAACAUGGCCAACGACGAGACGCUGCGCUCGCUCAUGUUCACGCUCAGUUACGUGCUGAUGAAGCGGCGGCGUGACGUCACCAGCGCGGACGCGCAGCGCAGACGCGAGGUGCAGCGGCGCGUCGCGCACAGACAGUAUUUUCAUCAGAGACACAAGAGGAUGAUCAUGAUGAUGAUCGCUCAAACGUCUCGUCCGAUCAGUGACGUUCCGGCACGUCCGACGCGGGUUUGGAGCAACAUCGAGAGCACCGAUUGGUGGGAGCGGGUGGUGAUGAGGGAGUUCCAGCCGUCCGAUUGGCUGGAGAAGUUUCGCAUGACCAAAGAGACGUUCUUCCUGCUGUGCGGUAAACUGAAACCGCGGCUCAACCGGCAGGACACGCGUCUGCGGCCGGCGCUGCCGCUGGAGAAACGGGUGGCCGUGGCGCUGUGGCGUCUGGCCUCCAACGUGGAGUACCGCACCAUCAGCACUCUGUUCGGCGUGGGCCGCUCCACCGUCUGCAAGUGUGUGCGGGACGUGUGUCACGCCAUCGUGCUGCUGCUGCGGCCGCUCUACCUGCGCACGCCCAGCGAGCACGAGCUGGAGGACGCGGCCCGGCUCUUCGCCACGCGCUGGGGCUUCCCGCACUGCGUGGGCGCGGUGGGCAGCCUCCACGUGCCCAUCAUCGCGCCGUCCAGCAACACCGACAACUACUGGAACAGCCGCGGCUGGCUGUCGGUGGUCACGCAGGGUGCCGUCAACGGCCUGGGUCAGUUCUGGGAUGUGUGCGCCGGGUUCCCGGGCAGCACAGAGCACUCGGCCAUCCUUCAGAACUCCACGCUGUGGGCGCGCGGCUGCGACGGAGGCUUCCUGCUGCACGAGCCGCCGCUGGACUUCAUGGGCCGCCCGCUGGGCUACCUGAUGCUGGGCGACGCCGGCUACCCGCUGAAGAGCUGGCUGCUGAAGAGCCACCCCGAGUCCAGCGAGCUCACGGCCGGACAGAGAGCCUUCAACCGCAAGCUGGAGCGCGCCCGGAGUGUGGUGGACCAGGCCUUCCUGCGGCUGCGGGCGCGCUGGCAGUGCCUGCUGAAGCGCAACGACUGCCGCAUGGACGUGGUUCCCACCAUGAUCCUGGCCUGCUGCGUCCUGCACAACGUGUGCGAGGUUCACGGCGACGAGUUUGACGAGCGCUGGGAGGAGGCGGUGCGGCACGAGGAGAGUCCGCAGCCCGCAGACGAGGUGUCGCCGUCGGCCGACGACCGGGACGGAGAGGAAGUGCGCGCUCUGUUCUGCGAGUACUUCCUGCAGCAGGAGAAGCAGCAGAGGACUCUGGCCUGUUAGGACGUGUGUCGUGGAUGUGAACGGAGGAAAUGUGCUGUGUGUUUUCCAGAACUUGACUGUAAAUGAUGACAGUGAUUUUAAAGGAUGCAGAGCAUUACAGCAAGAGUCAGUUAUACUAAAGAAAGAUGCGCCAACACACACCUGACAGACAUUCGUUGAAUCUGAACUGCUAAAGGCCGAUCGCGGUCGGUCGGCGCGAUCCAGUGCUGAAGACAGUCAGUGUUGUGUUUGUUAGGGUUAGUUAGUGGAGGGUGUUGCUAGUUAAUGUGAUUCUCUACACUUGUGUGAAGUUGACGUCAUACAUCCAGUAAUGUACCAGAUUUCAGACAUCAUGAUGAAGAGUGACGUUAGUGAAGAGAUCCUGCAGAAACAGGCACGGAUCUGAUGAAGGACUUUCAGAAGCUUUUGUAUCCCGAUCAUGUGACCCAGCAGUGUGACCGUAAAUAAAUGUUCUUAUUCAAAAAGACUGUUUUAAAUGUAUGGAUGUGUUUUAAUAAUCAUUCACUAACAUUCUUUCAAAUCAUUAAACAUGAAAAAGAUGGAAAUUUCUCUCAUUAUGAUAUUCUGUGAUUUUAAUGCUGCAUUGUGUGUCAUGAAUUCAUGGACAAACGUAUAAAUUCAUUCAGUUACUUUUUGAGAAAA